AUGGGCUUUGGGGCUAGGUACUUGGAAUUAGAAUCGAGGAUUCUUGAUCGCUUGUCGCAAACGCGGUACAUUCAAGAGGUUAUCCAUGACACGAUUAGCGGUAGAAUAACACUAUUCCUGAUGGUCGUAGGGACAAUUGCAUUUUUCAAUGAGCUUUACAUCACGAUCGAAAUGAGUUUUCUGCAAAAGGAGACGUAUGAAGAGCUGAAUAAGGGAUAUAUUGACGAGAGCUUGAAGUUGCACAAGAUGAUAGUAUCGGACGAAUACCACGGUCGCGAAUACAUGGAUGAGAAGAGCGGCAUUGUGAUUGAAGAGUUCGAAGAGAGAGAGAAGUUUUUUGCCAAACCGGUGCAUGUGGCUCAUCUGUAUGUUGUGUGCAACAUUUUGAAAGAUGAAAACCCAAUUUUGUCAACACCGUUGCAGUUUCAUAUAGAAUUUUCACCAGAAGAAUAUGAAGGUGAAAAAAGACUUGAAUUUGGUUGUAGAUUGAAAGUUUUAAGAACCAAACUGUACCAUCUUUUCAAAGAUUCACCGCUUUACGAUGAUCUAGUUGAAAAUGGAUCCAAUUUCACCGUGUCCAAGAAUGUGCGCAUAUACAAUACACUCGAUGAGCUUUUGCCGACUACCAUCGAUGCUGUACAAUUAUGCUUUUUGAAAAUGGAGACGGGAGAUAAAAUAAAAUGCAAUUUCGUGAUAGAUAACUGA